AUGGGAGACGAAGUAAACAACCAUAAUAAUGGGAAUGACCCGAACAAUCAGGGUGUGGUGCCGCUUGUGCCAGAAGCGGCAUUGUACGAUUGGGCACUACCCACCGCUGACAACUUAGCAACUGCAAUUGAAGUCCCUCAAAUACAAGCAGAAUCAUUCCAAAUCUCAAAUAACGUGCUACAUUUGUUGCAGAAUGAGGGACUGUUCUCAGGGUCUUACGUUAAAGAUCCUCAGCAGCAUCUGAAGAAUUUCCUGUCGAUCUGUGCCACGCAGAGGCAACAUAACGAAUUAGUCAAGCAAUUCGUGAACAAAUUUCACCCACCUAAUAAGACCGCUCAACAAAUUGAUGAGAUAUUGAGCUUCAGACAGGAACCAACAGAGACAUUACAAGAAACGUGGGAUAGGUUCAAGGGUGUGCUGGUUACAUGUCCACAUCAUGGUAUUCCGGAGCAGAUGUUGGGGCAGAGGUUUUACAUGGGUUUGGCAGAUAGCUUGAAGGCCAAUGUUGAUGCUUCAGCAGGAUGGACGACAAGAAAUGCUCCAAUCACUCCUGUAGUUCACUCAGUGGCUUUAGACCCAACUAACUCCAUAGAUGAAAAUAUGGCCACUCUAGUGACACAAAUGAGCAUCAUCACCAAAAAGGUUGAUGAAUCAGGCCAGAAGCAGCAGAGUGCGGAAGGUGAUAACCAACAAUAUCAGGAGAACAUAAAUUAUGUGGCCAACUAUGGGGGACAGAGGCAAGGUGGUCAGAAUUGGGGUCAGCAGAAUCAACAAUAUAGACCAGCUCCGCAGCAGUACAACAAUAGCAACAAUCUUGGGGCUAUGCGACCAUUGGGUCAAGUGGCUUAUCUACAACCUCAACAACAACAGACUGUGAGACACGAAGAUGGGUUUGCUAAACUUGAGGGAAUGAUGCAACAAGUGAUUGGGUCUACCGGAAAACUAACUGAAAGAGUAGACUCACAUGAGUCAGCGAUAAAGAAUAUUGAGAUCCAAUUAGGACAUAUUUCGAUGGCUUUAAAUAAUCGUCCCCACGGGAAGUUACCUGCAGACACACAAAUCAAUCCAAAAGAGCAGGGCCCGAAACAGCUUAUGGCAGUGAGUCUCCGAAAUGGUAGAGACCUAGAUCUGGAGCAAGAAAUUGCUAGCAAAAGUAGACCUACUGAGACACUGGUGCCGAUACCCAUUGAGGUAGAUGAUUCAGCAGGGUUAACUGAGGUGACGGUACAGCAUGCACAAGAGAACGCCAACAAAGAAAAAGAGGUUAUGAAAGAGACUGAGGUUGCACAGGAACUGAUAGUAGAAGCAGUGCCUGAACAAGAAAAAAAAUCAAAUCACAGGGAAGAUGCGACCUCCAACACCAUUCCCAUAAAGAUUGGCCAAGUAUCAGAAAGAUAA